UCCCAGUAGGCCACUAACGUAAAAGUUUCGUCGGCGAAGCGAAACCAAACCCACCCAUAAAACCCCACCACCUCCGCCACCGCCUCCGGCGGUAGCUAGCAGUGCACCUCGACCUCGUCGGCCGCCGCCGUGGCUUCGACCUCCUCCGCCUCCGGCGCCGCGCGCGGCCGUCUCUUCCGUUGUCCGAGAGUCCGAGGUAGGAGAGGCGCGCGCACGCACCGCGGGACGGGAGACGGGAUGGGCGCCCCCGCUUCGUCGGCUCCGCCACCGGUCGGGAAAUCCUUCACCAAGCUGUGCAAGGGCCUCGCCGCCAUCCUGUUCCUUGCCCACGUUGUGAUCCGGCUGUUCCCUUCAACUGUCACCUACCUCGCGCUUAUUCCCUCCAGGACAAUCCCAUUUGCUUGGAACCUUGUAACUUCAGGUUAUAUUGAGCAAACAAUUCCCGGGGUGAUUGUCAGCAUAUCUGGUCUUCUUAUUUUGGGAAAAGUGUUGGAGCCUUUGUGGGGUGCUAAGGAAUUACUGAAGUUCAUUUUUGUUAUCAAUCUCUCAACUUCAGCAUGUGUCUUUGUAACUGCUAUUGUUUUGUACUACAUAACACAACAGGAGAGCUACCUUUACACACCUGUUUCUGGGUUCUAUGGAGUUCUUUCAGGAUUUCUAGUAGGUAUCAAGCAAAUUUUACCUGAUCAGGAGAUUAAUCUUUUCUUGCUGAAUAUUAAGGCAAAGUGGGUUCCAUCUCUUAUUGCACUUAUUUCGGUAUCCGUAAGCUUCUUCAUGAAGGAAUCAAUGCCAUACAUUUCAAUCAUAUUAUUUGGCAUCUAUAUGAGCUGGAUUUACUUGCGUUACUUCCAAAAGAGGCUAGAGGCAGGCUUAAAGGGGGAUCCAAGUGAUGAAUUUUCAUUCUCAAGCUUCUUCCCUGGAUUUUUGAGGCCAGUUUUGGACCCAAUAGCAUCUGUGUUCCAUACACUUGUUUGUGGACGAUCUGAAAGAUCUGAAGCCAACGAUCAGACACUGGAUGGACUGUUACCUGAUUCAUAUUCUGUUGAGGCAAACCGGAGAAGAGAAAGGGGUCAAAGGGCACUUGAGCAAAGGUUGGCUGAAAAGCUGGCGGCAGUGAGGAGCUCGGAGACCAUGCCUCAUCACCAUCACCAGCAGCAGGAGGCGGAGACGAGGAUGCUUCUGAUAAAGUCUGAGCACCCUCUUCCGCGUUUGGUGGACUCGCAGAGUCGCAGCUGGAGCAGCGUUGUGCUGCUAGCCUGCCAGGAGAUUCUUCUAGGAAUUGGAAAAUAACAUCAUAUGUGUGUUUUGUUAUGUCAGUCUGAUGCAUCCUCACGAGCUCCUUUAAGCCCUAAUUUGCAGCUAGAAAUCGUGGCAUGAGCAGUGUGUAAUGUGAUCUGUCUUCACUGUCUCGGUGAAAAAAAAAUUACUCCCAUUCCCAUUUCGUAACGUAAGUCUUUCUACAUUGUCUACAUUCAUUACGAUUUAUAUAGAUACUAAUAAAUCUAGACAUACAUAAAUUAUAUACAUUCUUUAAUCGCAUGAUUUUGGUUAUGAUCCUCUGGAACGGUCGAUAUGAAGCUAACAGUACCAAU